UUGAAGCACAGCUAUGCUUAUGGACUGAUCCGGAUCCUGGGAUUUUGGGCUUUGGCUUUGCUUUUGCUUUCUCCGCGGCUCAGCUUGAACUUCAUCGAAAGCCAGAUUACAGCAAUCCCACCUCGACAUCCAUCACAGUGCUAAUUACCAGUACGCCUCGUUCCUUUACUCUCUAUACGUACAAGCAACGGAUAUCGUGAUAUUCAUUGUUUAGGAACAAGAAGGAAUGCUGCUAUCAACAAAGCACCGCGCGCUACCAGCGCUGAUUCCAGCAUGCCGCACAUUCGUCAGCCUAUCCUCGUUCACUCCCCGACCCUCGAUCACAAAGCUCAGCUCGAGAGAAAGAAAUGAAUCCAGCUUACGGACGCAGGCGGCGAUACCUGGCGCUGUUCCGGGACUGCGGAUGAUUACGAUUCCUACGGUUCCGGAUCGGGAUAAAAGCGGGGCUACCAUGUACUUUGAUAUCUUCAGUCGGCUUCUCAAAGAACGAAUCAUCAUGCUCUCAGGCCCGGUCAACUCCAACAUGUCCGCGAUAAUCGUCUCCCAACUUCUCUUCCUCGAAGCGCAAGACCCCGAGAAACCGAUCCACAUGUACAUCAACUCUCCCGGCGGGGAGAUGCACGCCGGAUUCUCAAUCAUCGACACGAUGCACUACAUCCGCCCGCCCGUCUCGACAAUCUGCCUCGGCCUCGCGGCCUCGAUGGCAAGUCUGAUCCUUGCCGCCGGCGCAAAGGGGAAACGCUACGCGCUGCCGCACGCGUGGAUUAUGGUUCAUCAGCCGUCGUCGGGAAUGGAGGGUAAAGCCUCUGAUCUCGCGAUCCAGGCGCGGCAGAUCCUAAGGAUGCGCGAGCAGGCGAAUAAGAUUUACCAGGAUCAUCUCACAAAGCCGUACACGAUCGAGGAGAUUGAAAAGUUGGUCGAGAACGACAACUACCUGAACUCGCAGGAGGCCCUUGAGAUCGGCCUCAUUGACGAAGUCAUCAAGCCUGACGAUAAUAAGAAACCCCAUGGAUCAGGCGGAUUGAAGGAUAGCGACAACAGCGACGAGUUCAGUCUUGGGGGAGGACCUAGUGAGCCGCUGCCCGCGCCGGCUGUCGACACCGAUCCAAGUAGUCCAGCCCCGUCGUCUCCAUCUUCUCCCUCUUCUCCGUCUUCUAUGGCGACUAUGAUGAUGUCGGCGGAGAAGACAGGUAGGAAGAAGCAGGUGGAGAAGCAGGCAAAAGAGCAGGAAAUCGGGCAAGUAAAGAAUGGCCCCGGACUGACGCACUUGCCUAACGAUUGGUGGAGGAAGAUGUUUGAGGUUUAAACAGUUACUUUUCAAACAGUUACUUUCUAGAAAAGAUUAUGUAAAUAUAUUAAGAA